AUGAUUCAGAGAUUGGUCACCAAUCAGCAGCACCUGGCUGGGCAGCUAUACAGGGAGCCUCAGCACCAGCCUCCCCCUCGCACAGAGUCUAGAGUUAGAGAGUUUCGAUAUAUGCAGCCUCCUUCCUUUUCUGGUGCUGAGGGACCUUUAGCAGCAAAGGAGUUCCUCAAGGUCACUAAGACUAUUCUCACGGUGACCCGCAUUGCCCAUGCUGAGUGGAUGGACCUCAUGGAUAUUCAGCUCACCGAUACCGCUCGAAUAUGGUGGGCAGCUGAGAAGACUCAUCUGGAAAGGCCCAUCCUGUGGGAGACGUUCACCGAGCGCUUCAAUAGGAAAUAUUUUACUCAGUUAUCUCGGGAUGAACUCCUACGUAGAUUUGUUGAGCUUAAACAAGGAGGGCGAACAGUUGAUGAGUACGAGGCUGAGUUUUCUUCUUUGAGCCGAUAUGCUCCCCACUUGGUUACAGACCCUACGAUUAGGAGGCAUCAGUUUUAG